CUCCCCGAUUAUCAAUCAUUUAGAUCAAAAAUGGCUGGUGAUGGAUUCAUGACACCAAAGGCUAUUGCCAAUCGAAUCAAAGCAAAAGGCUUACUGAAGCUCAGAUUCUAUUGCCAAAUAUGUGAGAAAGCCUGUAGAGACGAAAACGGCUUUAAAUGCCACUGCGCCUCCGAAGCGCAUCAACGACAAAUGCUUCUUGUGGCAGAGAACCCUGAUAAAUAUGUCACCAGCUACACUCGUGAAUUCCAACAAGAGUUUGUCAAACUGCUCUCUAGACGACAUGGUACAAAGAGAGUACUAGCCAAUCAAGUAUACCAGGAAUAUAUUGCCGACCGAAAUCACUUGCACAUGAACGCAACCCGAUGGAAUACCCUUACGGAUUUUAUCAAGUUCCUUGGCAAAGAGGGAAUCGUUCAUGUUGAGGAGACAGAGAAAGGGUGGUUCAUCACAUGGAUUGAUAACAGUCCUAAAGCGCUGGCACGACAGGCUGCAAUUCAGAAGAAGGAACGACAGGAAGUAGAUGACGAAGAGCGAACACAACGAUUGCUUAAAGAACAGAUUGAUAAAGCACAACAAGACGCAGACCGCCAGCCAAAGGAAGAUGAGCAAGUAAAAGAGCUUGUCAGAGAUAAUGAGCAGCAGCCAAUUAAGCUCAAUUUGUUUGCCAAGUCAGCAUCAACUUCCACCGCAGCAUCAAAUAACACAUCUGCCAGUAACGGCACAACCAAAACAAAGAUGACCAUGAUGGGUGGACUUAAAAAAGGUGGUGGAUUGGCAGCAUUAGCAAAAAAAUCUUCUAACAGCAAGCCAUCGGAUAGCAAGGACAAACCAACGUCAGCAACCGCACCGGAGAAGCGAAAAUUGACCGCCAUGGAGGAGAUCAUUGCUGCAGAACAGGAACAAAAACGUCGCAAGGAGAUGAAAUCAAACGGAGUAAGCUACAACAGCUACGAUCGUGGUCUUAAUGGCUCUAGAGAAGGCUCACGGCGACGCAGAUCACGAUCGCCGUCACCAAGUCGAGGACAAGGUCGGAAUCAAUACGACGACCGUCGAGUCCGAGCCUAAAUCAUAACAGUCACGUAGUCAAUUUUCCAACCCUCACACUUGCACAAUA